UCUAAGGCUAUAUAAAAGUUUACUCCAGUAUGGGAAAGAGUUAAAACUAACGGAUAAAAAGUACUUUCGUGAUAGGAUUACAGCAGAGUUCAAGGCAAACAAAAGACUCGUAGAAGAAAACGAAGUAAAAUUUCAGUAUGAAAAAGGUCUGAGACUUUUGCAAAAUCGUCGUAUUAUCUAGAAGAGUAAAUAUCGAAGUGAAUGAUGUCUGUUACUGGAAUAAGGCAAAUUAUUUCAAGAAGUGGGCCCAUUUUCCGGAGUGAACGCACAAGCACUGAAUUGGCUUCUGCCCUAACAUUUUUAAGACACAAACAUACAUUGGAUUACUCACGUGUCCCUACACUACAAGAAGAAGACCUCGAAGAAGUAUUUGUCAGGGGCAGUGGACCUGGUGGCCAGGCUGUUAACAAGACAAAUAAUUGUGUUGUGCUCACCCAUAAACCAACAGGUUUAGUUGUAAAAGUUCAUCAUUCAAGACUGCAGAGUGAGAAUCGGAAGCUAGCACGUGAUUUGCUGGUAGAGAAACUGGAUGCCCUCAUAAAUGGGGAACACAGCUUGCAAGCACAGCGGAAGUGUCUUCAACAGCAGAAGCAAAAGAAGGAAGAGCAACGUCGAAACAAACGAGAACUUCUAAAGAAACUUUGGCGUGAACGUGAAGGCUUGAAUUCAUGAGAGGGAUCACUUGAUGUGCAAAGACAAUAGAUAAGUAAAUCAAUUGGUUUGCACUGAAGUGGGAGCAAAUAAGCAGAUAAUUUUAGUUCUUAUCAUUUGUAUUUUACUGAAAAACAGAUAAAUAAUUAAAAUUAUCAAAGGAUUGAACUGUAACACUAUCCUCAAGAAAAGUAUAUACAAAUUAAAAAAGUGAA